GGUUGACAGCUGCAACCAACUGUCAUCGGCUCGUCUCAUACUAAGCUCAGUUUCUAUAUAGCACUCGAGCUGUGAACACUCUGCGACAACAAAAAGAAAUUCGACACUCCGAAAGUUUUUUUUCAACUCUGUGUACAGUUGAUUUUUUUCACAUUUUCCAAUAAAUUCAUCCAGGUAAAUAUGUUUAUAAUAUUAGUUGAGCCUUUAGCCUUCGACACACUAAAGAAAUUUUGCACGAAUUUACAUUGUGUUCAUUAUCCACCGCCAUUUUGCAAAUAUGAGCGUUUGGGGAAUCUCGGGGAAAGUCGGGCCACAUAGUUUUUUACAUUUGACAUGCUAACUUCAUAUAUUUGACGUGUAUAAGUGAUUUUUCGUGCAGAAUUUCAACAACACAAUAGUUUUUCAACAUUUCCUGAUAGUUUCGUGCUCCGAAAAAUUUUUUUUAGUCAUUAUGCCGCGGUACUAUCCCAAACAAGAGAAAAUUGUUGAUUUCGACAACAUUUUGGAGGCGAUCAAGUCGGUGAAAAUACAUCACAACAGCGUUCGACAAUCUGCGACGGCACUCAAAAUUCCGAGGACCAACCUGAUGCGUUAUAUUGCAGCAUUUGAUGGUGCGAGCAUCGAAGUUACUACUGCCAACGACGAUGGGCACAAAAACAAUCUUCAACAUCGAACAAGAGCAGGCGCUGAUAAGCUACAUUCUCCAGGCCAGCGACAUCAACUAUGGAAUUAGUUUGAUGGAGCUUCGUCGGCUCGCGUAUGAAUUUGCUCGGAAAGUUGGCGCGUCGUAUCCGGAUCCAUGGAACGACAAUCAACAGGCGAGUAAGAAUUGGCAGUUGGCGUUCAUGAAACGCCACAAAAAUUUGUCACUGCGAACACCAGAGCAAGUAAGCCAGAGCCGUGCGAAGCGAUUCAAAAAAGAGAAUGUCGAUGCAUUCUUUGCCAACCUUUCAUCCGUUCUCGGUAAGAUGCCGUUUGAACCUCACUGAAUAUGGAACAUGGAUGAAACCGGGUGCCCGACCGUGCCAACCAGACCUGUCAAAACCAUCGCGCGCAAAGGACAAAAGCAGGUCGGCUCAUCAACAUCUGCCGAAAAAGGCACCAAUGUGUCUUUGGCUUUGGCCGUCAGCGCUAGUGGCCAGUCUAUACCGCCAUUCUUCCUCUUUCCCCGAGUCAACAUGAAAGAGAUUUUUAUGACUCAUGCGAGUCAUGGCGCUGUUGGUGUUGCGAACGGUUCUGGUUACAUGAACCCUGACGUAUUCCCUCAAUUCAUGCGUCCUUUCAUCAAGCACACCGGUGCUAAUGCCGAUUCGCCAACCAUGUUGCUGCUGGACAACCACGGUUCGCAUUUAUCGAUCGAGGCGAUAGAUUUGGCGUUGGAUCAUGGCAUCACGUUGCUGUCUUUUCCGCCGAAAUGCACGCACAAAAUGCAGCCGCUAGAUGUUGCGGUAUUUGCACCAUUUAAAGGCAUGAUGACCGUGAAGCAUGAUGCAUGGAAAAAGUCCAACAUUGGUGUCACUUUCGAUAUGCAUCAUGUGCCGCUCCUUGUCGAUCAGUGCCUGGAUGUUAUGUUAACGCCGAAAACCAUCAAAUCCGGCUUCCGAACAACUGGCAUUUACCCGUUCAACCCGCAAAUUUUCACUGAAGUUGACUUUGUCGCUUCGGAACUGAGCGGCGAAAAUUUGUUCGGUGACGAAGAGAAAGACGCCGACAAUCAACGUCGAGUUCUUGCCUCUGGUGAUGCCAUUGUGACUGCUGCGAAUGAGGAGGUGUCAACGUCGGAGGCAUCGACAAGUGCCCCAGCUUCAACAAGUGGUGCUGCAUCAUCGUCGUUGUCUCUUGUUUCGGCUCCACAGCUCCGUGAUGCAUUGAAAUCGGUUGGCCCGUUGAAAUGGGCACACCUGCGCCGAAAUCAAAACGUGGCCGCAAGACAAUGGAGUCAACGAUUUUGACAUCGCCUGAGGUUGUCGCAGAUCUGCGUGACAAGGC